CUUUCUGCCGCCUUUCGUACUUCCACUCCUUUACAAGAUGCGCUCUUUCCUCACUAUCUUCACCCUCCUGAUCGGUUCUACGCUCACGUCUGCGAUGGUAGCCCGCGAUUCCACACCAUUCAACACUCCUUGUGCACUCUAUACGUGCCCCCUCACAGACCAACGCAGCCAGGGGUUGCUCCUUUCCGAUAGCAGUGCAUCCAGCGACUUGAUUAACUGUACUUAUGCGCUGAGGCCUACCUAUCAUCUAUGCGUGUACAGCAAGACCACAGGAGUGCUGACGGCUGACAACGACGCUGGGAACUGCCCUUCCAAAGCCGUCUGCUCGACAUCCUCCCGUCGUCGUCGUGAUGCUCUUCCUCAGUCCCCCCGUCUGCGUAGCUCUGUGGCACGCCAAGUCGAUACAUCUCCGUUGAAGGCCAGAAGUCAACUUGGGUCUGCCAAGCGAGCUAAGUAAGAGGUCGGUUUAGAUGGUGUCAAAAUCCUGUAAUGAGUUAUGUAGAUGUCGGGGCCCCUUGGACGAUAUACAUACCAUGGAUAUUUGAUUCC